CUGCCAUUUUGUUUGGAAGGAAAAGAUUUAGGUGAGACCUGAACUGCUAGCUAUCAUCUUCAUCUUGCAGUCUGUUUGUCAGUCACAGAAUAUGCUGCUUGAUGUCGUUUUGAAAACCCAAGAUGAGACAUGUAGAUGCAAGAAAGUCCUCGUUCUAUUUUAGCCGUGGCUGAACAGAGAGACUCAAAAGCUCUUGUAACAGUUGAAAUUUCAAAGUUCAAAGGACACCUGGGCUGGAUUGACUUUGCAGAUCAUCAGUGUUGUUGAGCUGGUGAACCAGCCUAUCUUCCGUAACUACCUACCAGACAAAGAUAAAGUCCUCCACACACAUCCCACUUCUAUAUAAGCAUGCCCAUAUAGAAGGCUAGAAGCCAAUCUCAUCCCAACCCAAACUUGAAAGAAAAGAACGCAAACACAUUUUCAUUGAGCUUGUUGACCAUAUAUCCCUCGCAAGCUGCAAAGAAUGGCGGCUCGUCAUCUUAACCCAACCGCAUCUAUCUCUUUUUUCCUUCUUUUUGUGGCAAUCACUACCACCACUACCCUAUCACCAUCGUUAUUCAUCAACACUGAGGCCAGACUCCUUAUGCAAGCAGGAGACAAGCCUCACGAACUUGGUGUUUAUCCUCCUUUUCAUCAAAGCCCUGAUCAUCCCAAGAAAGCAACUGAAGUUGCUCCUAAACUACCAGAGCUUCCUAAGAGUCCUGAUGUGCCAGAGCUUCCAAAACCCAAAGUACCAACUUUCCCAAAGCCUGAAGCCCCAGAGCUUCCAAAACCUAAAGCACCAACUUUCCCAAAGCCUGAAGUGCCGGAUCUUCCAAAACUCAAGAUACCAACUUUGCCAAAACAUGAAGUACCAGAGCUUCCAAAACCCAAAAUUCCAACUUUGCCAAAGGUUGAAGUGCCAGAGAUUCCAAAACCCAAAAUUCCAACUUUACCAAAGGUUGAAGUGCCAGAGAUUCCAAAACAUCCCAUGAUGCCAGAGAUUCCAAACACUCCUCACGUGCCGGAGCUUCCAAAACCUAUAAUACCAACUUUGCCAAAACCUGAAGUGCCAGAGCUUCCAAAACCUAAAAUACCAACUUUGCCAAAGGUCGAAGUUCCAGAGACUCCAAAGCUUCCAAAACCUGAGAUGUCAACUUUGCCAAAGAUUGAAGUGCCAGAGAUUCCAAAGCAUCCUGAGAUGCCGGAGAUUCUAACACCAGAACUGCCAACUUUACCAAAGCCUGAAAUUGCAAAACCUCAAGCACCGGAGAUUCCAAAACCAGAACUGCCAAAAGCUCAUCAGCCAACCCCGGAUGAUAAGCCAUGAUUUCUUUCCAUAAUGCCUCGGCCUGCGACACACACACAUCCUUCACCAGUAUUUUCAGAACAUUUUAGGUUUCAUCCUACAGUCAUACUGCAUAGUAUUGUGUAUUUGCAUGUCAUCACAUGCAUGCAUUCGUUAUUUUGCGCCAUCGGUUUUGUAGUUUAAUGACACAAUAAUUACGUGUGUGCACG